CACGAAUUGAGAACUGAAGUCAAAGAAAGUCCAGAAAUUGAUUCAGCCCAUGAAUUUUCCCCAAAACUUGAGGCGGAAGCUGCUGCUUAUCGGAGCUGAUCUGGAGGGCAGCGUCACCGUAGAUGGAGUAGUCCAUGAGAUUGGCGAUGCCGUGGACGACGACGGCAGGGGAAGUGAACAAGUCAGUGUGGGAGAGGAGGGAGCCGUCGAGGGUGAAAUUGGCGGCGGAAUUGUUGGUGAUGAGAAUCGAUUUGGCGAGAGAGAGAGAGAGAGAGGAAGGAGAAAUGGGUUUUCUUGGAUGGGAAUUUCAGAGUUCUUGGUUUGCUUUUGGGUGGCGUCUUGAGUUCCUGGGGAAGGAAUAACAUUAACAAACUCUU